AGAUAGAGCUGUCGAGUAAAUUGGAUAUUAUAUUAAGCCGCAAUUCCGGCUUUUUUUGAAAUUAUCUUCUUGGUCAACUUCGCAGUACUCUAUUGUAGCAAAUAGUAUUGUUCAACAGCACACUGAAAAUGACGACAAGCACCACGGCAGGAGCGGAAAAUAAAGUGGGCUCUGCAACCGCUCCCAGCGAUCCGUAUCGGCAGCUGUUUUUGCAAAACGUGGAGGCCGUGAUGAAGCAAAAACCCCGUCUGCAAACCUUAACUUCUCUACUCAAGCUCGCGAAUCCGGAUUUUACGCAGGAAGGUUGCAGCGAUGCGGACAGUCUGGGGAAAGCAAUGAAAACGUUGAAACUGCGUCUUCAUCCGGACAAGCACGUUGUGCAGGGCGACGAGGACGUGGCGACGAAACUGUUUCAAAAACUGGAUGGCUUUCACCGCGCGGCUAUGGAAAAUUCAUCUUCCUUCGGGGACGAGCUCGGCGAGCCACCGGCGAAAAGGCCUCGAAAUGGAAACAGCAGUAGCAGCACGAGCACGAGUUUCACGGAGGAAGCCGGCGGAGAUGCGGACUCCGGGCGGAAUUUCCCACCUUUGUUCGACGUUUUUGACAGCUGGAAGUACAUCAACACCGACUCGCUGGUCGAAGACGCAGAUUUGGCCUGCGCGGUGAACUGUGCCAACAUUCGAGCGCAAAUCGCCCACACCCGACCGCUCCCCGCGUCCGCACUGUACUCCGCGGAUCGGCCGAUCGCAUCGGCGAACAUCACAAACUUGCACGACCCGAGCGUGAGUGCAAUCAAGACGACUCUGAUCAUGGAAGGCCCGGUGGUGAGUAAGUCCUUCAUCUGCACGCAGCAAUUCGCGGAAAGUUUGAUUGCCAAGUGUCAAAAUCCGUGCGUGUCCCACCUGAGCGCGCGGCACCUGCGCAGUUGCAUCGGGCGCCCGAUGCCCGUUUUGAUUACGGGGUGGACAAACCAGAGCUUUGGCGAGGCGUGGACCGUUUCGAUUUUCCUUUCCCUAGCGCCCCCGCACGUUUUUCUGUGGAAGACCGUGAUGCCGGUGGUUUUCCACCAGUUCGAUAUCCAGAGGCUGAUUUCCUUCGUGCCGCAAACCGCGAUCGUGGAUAUCCCGUGGCUGGUGCCACGACCCUACCUCGCGGAGGGCAAGUUUUACAUCGAGCAGACGGACGGAAACGGGUUUACCGUGUCCGUGACCACGCAACAGCAGCUGCGGGAAGUGAUGAGUCUCGCACAGCAGGCACUGAAAUGCCUGCCGCCCUCGUCGAAGUGUGACAACGCGGGCGGGAUCAUCGAGGCGGCGCGGGUCAAGGCGCCGAUCGAGUACUACGUCCCCGGGCGGCGGAGCGAUUCGUGGACGGUCUGUCUGCAGGACCUAGCCCUCGUUGAUGCGCCGCAAUCUAGCGCCUUGCAAGUUCCAACGUGGGAAGUCAAGUUCGCUUUCGUCCAACAGAAGAAAAAAUAA